AUGCAGACUGCUUCUACAAACAUUUGUGAAAGAAUGGCAAUAAGUCCAUCUGUGAAAUUUCCUUGUUACUAAAUAUUCCACGGUCAAUUGUUAAUGGUAUUAUAACAAAGUGGAAGCAACUGGGAACAGCAGCAACUCAGCCACGAAGUGGUAGCACAUGCUGAAGUGCACAGUACACAGAAGUCACCAACUGUCUGCAGAGUCAAAAGCUAAAGACCUCCAAACUUCAUGUGGCUUUCAGAUUAGCACAGCAGUUCGUAGAGAGUUCCAUGGAAUGGGUUUCCAUGACCGGGCAGCUGCAUACAAG